AUGAACAAGAAGAUUACAGCACUACAAGGAAUGUCCCCAAUGGAGGGAGUGUGGGACAGUAUGUUGACCCCAUUAGCUCCCGAAAUACUUGAAGCUGAAAUGCCACAUCACCUGGUUGUUCCAAAACUGGAGAAGUAUGAAGGGUUUACUGACCCCUGUGACCAUAUCCAGGCAAGAACAUGGUUCAAUCAAUUACCAAGACAUAGUAUAACUAGUUUUGGGGACUUGUCCGAGAAACUUGCGCUUCACUUCUCCGCUGCACGUAGGACAGCGAAGACUAGUUUAGACUUGAUGAAUCUCGACCAUGAGCCAGGAGAAUCACUUCGAUCAUUUCUUGCUAGGUUCAACAGAGCAUGCUUGGAGAUCCCAUAUGUCCAGGUAGAAGUAGCUAUUUCGGCCCUAGUAAGGAUGGUAAGGGAUGAAGUAUAUGUAAGUUCAUUGACGAAGAAGCGCCCGAAGAGCUCGAGCGCCUUGGGAAAGACUAAGAAAGACUUACCCCCUCCAAACAAGAAGCAAGGAAGAGUAGAAGGAAAAAGUGAUAAGAGGAAGGAUGAUCAAUCCAACAGGAAGACUGACCAGGGUCCAAUCCCACGGUAUAGUUGCUACACUCCUCUUAAUAGUUCAUUACAUAAUAUCCUUCUUGAAGAUCAUGGUCAUGACACUGAAGAAUGUAAGCAUCUCAAGGAUAAGAUUGAAGGUUUUAUUAGGAGAGGCUACCUAAAGCAGUUCACUUCAGAUAAAGAAGAAAAGAGAAGAAGAGCCAAUAGUGAUGAUAGGGAUGACGACCGAUGGAGACAAAGAAGAAGGGAUAGGUCUCCUCGUCACCAAAGGGAAAUUGUUGGAACAAUUGGAGUAAUUGUAGGAGGGUUAGCUACAGGAGGAGAAAGCUCCUCUGCAAGAAGGGCUUACGCUCGAAUUAAUGAAGACCCACAUGAUGAUGCCCUAGUAGUAGAAGCAGUCAUUGCCAACUUCACGGUAAAAAAGGUCCUGGUGGACAAUGGUAGUGCGGCAGAUAUCUUACUUUAUCAUGCCUUCAGAGAAAUGAAGAUCUCAGAAGAUAAAUUGAAGAGUUUUUCGGUUCCUCUAUAUGGAUUCGCUGGGGAAUCCAUAAUUCCCAAGGGAGUCAUAUCCUUACCAGUUACUCUGGGAACAUACCCAAGAACGGUUAUGCAUAUGAUCGAUCUUCUUGUGAUGCCAGGAAUUAGUAGGGAAGUUAUCUCCCACAGUUUGAGCAUCAUACCGGGGACUAAACCGGUCAAGCAGAAGAAGCGCAACUUCGCUAUAGAGAGACAAAUUGCUAUCAAGGAAGAAGUGGGGAAGUUACUUGAAGCUGGCUUCAUCCGAGAAGUGUAG